AUGGAUUUCAGCACUUCCUCAUCAGUUUUCCUGUUUGUGGCUGCUGUAGCCAGUGGGGAAGAUGUACUGUACGAAGCUAGCUACCCCAACGUGAGGUACAGCCCCUUCACGCCGAUCAUCACUGCCGAGGGUUUCGUCGCCGACACACCCGAGAUCGCCGCCGCUAAAAUUGCUCACUACGCCGCCUACUCCCAAGCUGUCGCUGCUUCGGGAGCAUCACCUGAUCACGUCUACCAAGAAUACAUCAACACCUUCAGAUCUACACCUGCGAUGUAUAACGUGCCUGCAGCUCCACUUACACCCACUGAAGAACCACAGUCCAAGUUUGUGGCUGCCUCUUCUUUCCCGAACUACCAAGCAUUACAAAACCCAUUCUUAACACCUUCUCUUUCCAAAAAUGAAGAACCAGAGUCCAAGUUUGUGGCUGCCUCUUCUUUCCCGAACUACCAAGCAUUACAAAACCCAUUCUUGACACCUUCUCUUUCCAAAAAUGAAGAACCAGAGUCCAAGUUUGUGGCUGCCUCUUCUUUCCCAAACUACCAAGCAUUACAAAACCCAUUCUUGACACCUUCUCUUUCCAAAAAUGAAGAACCAGAGUCCAAGUUUGUGGCUGCCUCUUCUUUCCCAAACUACCAAGCAUUACAAAACCCAUUCUUGACACCUUCUCUUUACAAAAAUGAUGAAGCAGAGUCCAAGUAUGUGACUGCCUCUUCUUUCCCUAACUACCAAGCAUUACAAAACCCCUACUCGAUACCUGCUCUGUACAAAACUGUCAACCCUAACAGUGUGGGUUCUCCGGUCUUACCUUCCGACUCUCUUGUUCCUCAAGCACAAGUUCCUGGGGCCCCUGGUGACUACAGUUAUGCUGACUUGAGGUCAACACCUGCUUACAAUCAGAACAUUGACACGCCUGAGGUCGCUGCAGCAAAGGCAGCCCACUACGCAGCAUAUAUAAAGGCUCUUGCAGCUUCCGGAACUUCAGGAUACACUCACCAAGAUUACUUAGACACCUUAAGAUCCAUACCUGCUCCGAUCGUCCCCUCUGACACUGCAGUAGUCGACACUCCCGAAGUCCAUGCUGCGAAGAUUGCACAUCAAGCUGCUCAUGCAGCCGCAAUCGCCGCGUCUGAAAAGCCCUCUGAGUAUCGCUACCGGGAGUACCAGAACUUCUUCAACCCUCCAACUGCCUAUAGAGGAAACGGAAAUGUAUGAA